AUGCUCUAUUUUCAGGAGUUCGUUCAAUUAUCCCGCGCGCCGUGGACUAAUGCGACAUCAAAGGGCGACCUGUGGGAGGUAACGCUGCCGCAGUUGGCCCGCACCAGCGGUACGCUACGAUCUGCCGCGACGGCCAUCGGCGCCCUCAGCAUGUGGCAUCGCCAGUCUAAAAUUCGUUCUCUCGGUGGAACAUCAAUGCCUGGGACUUCCGAGAACGAAGGCGAUGUCCAUUACUUCAAUGCCAUAGCGCACUACUGCCGCUCGCUCCGUCAGCAAAGCCAACAAGCUUCCCUCCAAGAUGCCAUCGUUCUCUCGGUGCUUCUCCUGUUCUUCGAAACACUCAGAGAUAACCGAAAAGCUGCCUUGGAUCAUAUCAAUCAUGGUCUCUGUCUCUUGCUUGCUAUCGUUACAGACGACAACGCGCAACACCACAUUGUCAGGCUCGCACCAAACCCAAAGCCUCUGCUGGCAGCCGUGGCUGAUGUCUUUAACCACCUCGCAAAACAGGCCCGGAUUGUUCUGCGCGACAGAAUGGGACAGGGUCCACCCCUGCCAAAUCUGACAAAGGUGCUGAGGAAUCACAACCACAACCUGGAGUCCUUCAUGGUUCUCCUCAGUCAAAUGCCCAGCUCCAUGGACAUUGGCGACAUCCCUGCUACAUUCAACAGCCUCGACGACUUUGAAGAGUCUUGGGCGGCCGUGAAACGAGUGCAGUCAGCGAUGAGGCCCAUCAUGAUAGAAUUCGUAUAUGAUUCAGGGGUUAUGAAUUCUCAAGAUGAGGAAGUAAUUCUUGGUCUCCACGCAGAGCUUCUCGGGAACGCUCGCAUUAGGGAGAUUGCCGAAAAGUCGAGCAAGGCAAUGGAGGCAAUAGACGUCGCCUUCCAACCCCUAUUCAACAACAUCGUUAUGUCCUACAACUUGGAGUCACCAAUCUAUCUGCGAGCGAUCCACCUGAGGCUGCAGUAUCUUGGUAUGUACAUCUUCGAGAAUCCCCCGCAAUUUCUCGACGCCGCAUCGCUGAAAGCGCUUUCACACAUGUUCCGCGAAUACCUCUCCGUUGCCUCGAUAGCUUUACAUGCGGCAAAACGAGAAGCAAACCAGAACCCGGCACACCAGCUCUCGCUGCAAUGCGAUAUCGCGUGGUAUCUGCUUAUCUUGGCAUUAUUCUGCCGCGACCCGCUGCUACGCGACGAAGCCGUCAUGAUGUUGAGGGACUAUCCCGGCCAAGAUGGCCUGUGGACAACUCGGUCUCUUCACGCUUUGGCGGAGAGGAACCGCACCGUCGAGCGCAUAAACGCUGUCGAGGGGACGCCUGACGACCAGUGGCGCCGACUGUGGCGACGGGAAUUCGUCUUCGAAGAUGGCGGAGACCGCAUUCUUUUCCGCUACCUGGAAAGAGACGAGGUGACGUGCAAGUGGAAUGUCGUGGAGGAUGUCGCUGAAGUUCGAGGGCAGCUCGAGGAAGUCCAGUGGAAGCGACAGCCCCUCUCUGGACGCGGCGGUAUGCUCGUUGCCGAGAUAUAUGCGUAUGAUAAGAUGAAUGACGCAUGA